CGGGCGGCGGCGCGGCUGCGGCGCCGCGGGGGGAAGAGGGUACGUCGGUUGCUUUCUGCAGCCGCGUCUCCGCCGAGCUCCCCGAGGCCGUUUUUCGGGGCGUCCUACGUCUCCUUCCGGUACCGAAGACGCCGGCCUUUGCGGGCAGCUGGAUCCGCGUCCCGCCUCAGCGCCCGGAGGACAUGCUGGAGAGAGAAUGAACCAGAGGGACACGCUGGUGCAUCUGUUUGCCGGGGGAUGUGGGGGUACCGUGGGAGCCAUCCUGACAUGUCCACUGGAAGUUGUGAAGACACGACUGCAGUCAUCCGCCGUGACACUCUAUAUCUCUGAAGUCCAGCUGAACACCAUGGCUGGAGCCAGUGUCAACCGAGUGGUGUCUCCCGGACCUCUCCAUUGCCUGAAGGUGAUCUUGGAAAAAGAAGGGCCUCGUUCCUUGUUUAGAGGAUUAGGCCCCAAUUUAGUGGGGGUGGCCCCUUCCAGAGCAAUAUACUUUGCUGCUUAUUCAAACUGCAAGGAAAAGUUGAAUGGUGUGUUUGAUCCCGACUCUACCCAAGUACACAUGAUAUCAGCCGCAAUGGCAGGUUUUACUGCGAUCACUGCAACCAACCCCAUCUGGCUAGUAAAAACUCGGUUACAGCUCGAUGCAAGGAACCGAGGGGAAAAGCGAAUGGGUGCUUUCGAAUGUGUUCGUAAAGUAUAUCAGACAGAUGGACUCAAAGGAUUUUACAGGGGCAUGUCUGCCUCGUACGCGGGCAUAUCAGAGACUGUUAUCCACUUCGUUAUUUAUGAAAGUAUAAAGCAGAAGCUACUGGAAUGUAAGACCGCGUCCAUGAUGGAGAGCGAUGAAGAGUCUGUGAAAGAAGCUUCAGACUUUGUGAGAAUGAUGCUGGCUGCCGCCACCUCCAAAACUUGUGCCACAACCAUCGCAUACCCACAUGAAGUUGUAAGAACAAGACUACGAGAAGAAGGAACAAAAUACAGAUCGUUUUUUCAGACACUGUCUUUGAUCGUUCAGGAAGAAGGCUAUGGGUCUCUGUACCGUGGCCUGACGACUCACCUUGUCAGACAGAUUCCAAACACAGCCAUCAUGAUGGCCACCUACGAACUGGUGGUCUACCUGCUCGACGGAUAGCGGCACCGGCUGCCGCACCGUGAAGAGGGAAGACCGGAAGGGCACAGCGGACCACAGGAUCUCGAGGCCAGUGAGGUGGGCGGAAGAGAAGUGGUUCGGGAACACGUAGCUUUGCCUAAGUGGAAGUUUGGUUGUAGGAAUCAAGGUAACCACGCCACGUCACUCCGUCUCUCGGUAAUGUGGAGACGACCCGCAGCUGCCUCCAGGAAAUGCCUUUUGAAGCACUCCUUUCACAAAUUGCCAUUUUCUCUGCCACGUUCACCAGAUACGGUUGUAUUUUGUUGGUUUAUGGCAUUCGGAAUAUAGUAUUGUUUAGUCCACGAGCAUCUCUCCACUCCUCAACCAAGCCAUCCCUGAUGACAUACUGUACUGUAACUAUCCAAAGAUAGUGUUGACAGUCAUAAAUGUCUAACUUCGGGCUUUUAAUUUCUCUGACGCUUUAAAGUAACAACAAUAGAGCCUCAGUAUUUCUCAUUUUCUUGAGAGAACCGGACACGGUAUUUUAAAUUCAGUCGUUUGACAUCAGGUAGUCGCUGUUCUUGACAACCAAUGAGAUAGUGUCCGAAUACCUUGUGUAUUUUUAGCUUUAAAGUGUUUUGGUUUCCAAGCUAACAGGUGCUCAACGUCUGGCAUACUGUGGACUCGGAUUGUUGACAUACCAAACGCGCAUGCUCAUAGUUUGGGACUGUUGAAUAAACCAGUAAAGUACUGCUUCUCGGCCAUUUCAGUGACUCGAAUGUGUCCUGAUAUCUUCUGAUUGUUUUUUAUUUUUUUUUUUGGUACAUGAAUGAAUGAAGUGUCUUUUCAUUAAUUUCCUAGUCAUAAACUUGAAUUGUCAUGUAUCUAUCAUACCUUGGUAAAAUUUACAUAAAGUAGAAAUUUUUACUGCUUCAAAAUCUUUCUACUUGCUCACACACUAAUUUGAAUUCUGUCCAGGUCUGUAUAGAUUAUACUGACCUUGUAGGGAAAGAGGUAAUUUUUGGUUCUGCCUUUAUAAGAUAGUCAUAAUGUCUGAGGACAGAGUAAAGAAGAAGAGCAGCCCUCUGUUGGUGUGACUCGACAGAUGAUGCACUUACUUGUCUGUAAAUGACGAGAGAUUUAUUUUGUCCUACUUUCUGGCCUCGAUGGCCUAUAACCAAGAUUUAAGUUGUUUGGCUAAAUGCACUAACAAGAUAAAAGUUUUUCAAGUUUUUGCCAUUGGGUCAACUGCACCUUUAACUCUCUUACCUGUUUUAAGUAUGACCUUACAAAAAUGUGCCGAUAGACUUUUCCUAUGAUGUUCCUUUACUGGUGUAUGAAACUGUGAUUCCACUUUGCUCCUCAUUUCAGUGUACCUUUAGUGAUACAUUUUGUGCAAUGACUAUCUGAAAAAUGACUCUGAAUGCACUUGGGCCUUUCUUUUUUUUUUUUUUGAGAAGAAUCAUGUUAAGGGUUUUUUUGUUAUGUUUUUGUUGUGCUUUUUUUUUUUAAUACAUCGUCAUGUAUUAGUCUGUUCAUAAAAUCUUUGAGUCUUAGGUCUGUUUGACAUCAUCUGCUGCUUGAAGUAUUCCAUAUACCCCGAAGUGCCACC